GUGUGGCAUGCAAUGCAAUGACGAGUCGAUCCUCCAUGCAUAAUGCAGCAUGCACCCAAAACAAACCACCAUUGAAAGUGCAAUCUCUACUGCUGCCCCGCCAUCUAGCCAGGGAUGCUGAUCCAGUAGAAGUAGAUGAUACUUUCCAAAACCUAUUUUAAAAUAAUUGGUUGAAAAGGAAUAGUCAGAAUGAUGAAAAAGAAAAGGAAUAUUCGACGGAGAGAAGAAACUAGCGAUGGAGAAGCCGAAAGGAGCGACCAAAUACCUUUCUUGGAGGAAGAUUAUCACACACAAGUAAAGCAUGUUCAAAAGACACUUCAAAAAACUGCAGAUAAAAAAAGCAAGAAAAAGGAAAAGAGCGGGACAGAUGGUGAUGUUGAUGCAGUUAGCACCGGUACGAGUUUGCUCAGCUUUGACCAUGACGAAGUUGAAGAGGGAGAGGUGUUUCAAGUCAAGAAAUCUAGUCACAGUAAAAAGGUUGCCAAGAAACUGAGGGAAAGAGCAAGGAAAGAAAGACAGCAUGAGGAGGUUGCUCAACAUUACAAGGAAAUGACAGAUGAGCGUACCAUGGACACAAAGGCUACAGGCAGCAAUGCAAGUAACUCAGGAUUACAUGUAAAGCAAGUGGGUAAUGUGGAAAUGAUCCUGAGUGGCAAAGAUGCGGAGGUUGCUGCUUUGGAAGAAGAAGACAGAAAGGAACUAAAGGAAGAAGUACCUGUUAUUGUGCCUGGAAUGAUUCCAGAUGCAGCCAUUAUUUUUGCUGCUCGUAAAAGGAGGCAAAAGGCCAGAGAGCUUGGAACAGGAGUUGACUACAUCCCUUUAGAUGACACUCAACGCUACAACAAUACUGGAAAUAAAGCAGCGAGUAGACAUGAUGAAUCUCGAUUGAUACGUGAUGAUGACAAUGACUGUAGUGAUAGUGAUGGUGAAUGCAGGAUGAGUUUUACUGUCAAGCAAUCAACAAGUAGACAACGUAUGCAACAAGCAAUUGAUGAAGAUGCAGAUAAUGGCAGUGAUCAUGAUAGAGACCAUGAUGAAGAAAUGCUACGAUGGGAACAAGAGCAAAUCAAGAAAGGCACCAGUGUACCGCAAGCACAAGACUCAAGCUCUUCUGCUGCAGCUGCUACUGUUGCUGCCUCUUACUACUAUGAGCAACAAGAAUAUCCUUAUGGUCAACCCACCAGCCAGUAUGUCACACCAAUGGUUGGAUCUUACACUUCAACAAUGGAACAAAACUCACUUGUUCAUGCAUUAAAUGCUGCACCACUAUGUGAGAUGCCAACCAUCACAAUGGAACAAGUGAAGAAGAAACUGAAGGACUGGUUUGAAUCAGUGAAAGAUGUUCACCGAGCUCAUGAAAGAGAACAUGACCAACUCCAAGAGCGUUUGAAAUCCUGUGCCUCAUCAUCAGUCAGUCUGAAAGACACUCAGGGAGGAGUUAACAACCAGUAUCAUUUCUUCCAAGAGAUGAAGGGUUAUGCCCAAGACUUGGUAGAUUGUUUUGCAGAGAAGGUCCCAGUUAUAGAUGGUCUUGAGACAGCUAUGCUCAUACUUUUAAAAAGCAGAGCACAAAAGCUAUCCCAGCGAAGACAGCUUGACAUCAGGGACCAAUCAGAGGAGUUUACUGGGAUGCUGCAACGAGCAGCACUAUCAGCCAACUUUGAUUCUGGCACUAAAACACAACGUGAAGACAUCACUAAGCAAAGAAGGGCAGCAGAAAGGGAAGCAAGAAGGUCAAGAAGACGACGGGCUCGAGAGUUGAAACAAAAUGAGGAGAAUGGAAGCCAUAUAGAGGGCACAUCAAGUGACGAUGAGCAAAGAGAGAGCGAGCAUAAUCAAUUCAAUAAAGAAAGAGAUGUGAUCAUGACUGAAUCUCAGAAGGUCUUUGAUGAUGUUAUUGAAGACUUUAGUGCUAUCUCUAUCAUACUGUGUCACUUUGAGAAAUGGAAGCAUCAGCAGCAGGAAUCUUAUGAAGAAGCCUACAUCAGCUUGUGUCUACCCAAGCUCUUAGCACCACUAGUCAGAUUACAAUUGCUAGACUGGAACCCUCUGCAGUCGGACUGUCACAACCUGGAAGAGAUGCCUUGGUAUGAAUCGAUGCUGUUCUUUGGAUUCCAACAAACACAAAGUCUGGAUAAGGAAGAUCUUGACAUCAAUCUUAUUCCAAGUUUGGUUCAAAAGGUAGUGUUACCCAAACUAUCAGCCUUGGUAGAGGAUGUAUGGGAUCCAAUGUCUACAAUACAGACUAAUCGUUUAGUUAGUCUGAUCCACAAGCUGGUUGAAGAUUACCCAACAGUCACUGGUGAUAGCAAGAGCACAAGGGAUUUAUUGAAAGCCUUGGUUGACAGGAUGCGCAGAACACUUGACGAAGAUGUUUAUAUGCCGUUAUUUCCCAAAGAUAUGCUUGAUAAGUCAGUUGCUGCCAGUAAUUUCAUGCAAAGACAGUUCUGGUCUAGUGCCAAGUUGCUAGGUAACCUGUUGCUAUGGCAUGGCUUGAUAUCGGAGGUGCAUCUUCUAGAGCUGGCUAUUGAUGGCCUGUUAAACAGGUACAUGUUGCUGUCACUACAGAACUCUGAUGUCAAUGAUGGAAGCAUCUUUAAAUGUCAAAGAAUUGCUGCUAAAUUUCCACCACAAUGGUUUAAGGAAUUGCAAGGUGAUCAGACAAUAAGACAACUUGAACCAUUCUGCCGUUACUUGAAGCAUGCUGCAGAUACAAUGAAGAAGAGAAGUGCUUUGGGAAAUGACAUGGAGAAAAGAACAACAAGAACUGGAGUAAAGGUGGUGCUAAAGAUAUUGGUUACCAUACAUGCCAUGGACCACGCCUUGAAUAUCUCAGAAGGAUUCAGCCUGAAAGAAUUGGCAGAAUAAAUUCCUUUCAAUUUGGAAGGAGUGGUCUCAUUAUUUGUCCAGUUCAAAUAAGAGUUCAUAGUUACACAGUGUAUCUGUAAACUACUUGAUUAAAGUAUUUUAGGGUUUUUGUUUUCUUCAAAUUUUCAAAUUCUAAAGCCUGUUUCACACAAGAUCUCAAAAUGAUUGGUCGCUUGCUACGAUGUACCAUCGGUGUAAUGAAAUUGCAAAUUUGCGUUGUGUGAAAUGAAUCUGUGUGAUAAUGUUGCCACCGACCCGCGUUAAAAGCAACCGGGAUAAAGACCUCAAAAAAUCGCAUCCUUGUUUAGAAUCGCCGAGAUCAGUCGUGUGAAACGACAUCCAGCAUGAUUACCAAGGUGCCUGGUGAUCGCACAACGUUCAUGCAUGCACAAACCAUAGAGUUUCCUUUCUCCAUGCACAAACUAUCAAGCAGAACACGACAUCACCCCGAUGGAGAAUGGUUCUUUGUUUGUUUGAGCUUCCCAUCAAAAUGGCGCAAAUUUGUGUGCAAAUUUAUAUAUCAAUCUAUUCAAUUGAAUGCACAAGUGGUUUGUUUUAGCCAUGCCACAUCGGCAUUCAAUAUAGCAUAGAAGGUGCAACUACAGAUUGCUACCAGAUUGUCACUUUCGUUUCCGUUUUCCAACAAGCAAUUUCGCAAAAUAAGCAGACAAAAUCAAUAUGCACAAUGAUUUGGUUUAUUUCUUUAUUCUUUGUUACCUUGUGGUGUAUUUUUUAUACUUAACUCUUGAUGGUUCUUUCUUAAGUGGCUUAACUUAGGGUCAACACAAGGUAUUGGUCAAUUGGGAGUGAUUGUUUUUGUCAGGUUGAUUUAUUCUGCAUUCAUAAAUACCUCAGACAGUUUCACUUUUCCUAUUGGUGGAGAGUGCAUCACGUGGGUGUGGUUAAA